CCGCCACCCCGCCCCACGCGGCCCGCGCCGCCGCAGAUCCGGGCACGGCUUCCCCGUCGCACCACCGUCGUGGCGCGCCUGCCGCGGGUAGUUUCGGUUUAGUUCCGUGAUUGGUUACGACGGCCGUCACGCCAAAGAUGCGAUCUUUCGCCCCCCCUGCUGCCCAUGGCGGCCGAGAUAGAUAAUAGAUUACUCUUUCUUCGGCCAUUGCUUCUGUGCGAGUUCUUCCUCUGGUCUGGCCAUUGCUUCUGUGCGAGUUCUAGAUAAUGGAUAACUUUUGGUCCUCCGGUUAGCCCUGCGGGUGAUCCUGGAUCCUCCUCAAUCUCGCAGCCAGAUUCCAACUAAUUUUCGAUUUGGUAGCUUGCUUAGUUGCUUUUCCAGCUAACAAUGGUUGUUAGCUCAUCUUGCAUUUGUGGUGUCCGAGAUUGGUAGGUGACCUCAUGCCACUUGCGGCUGCGUCCCCUUUUUCCCAUUGUUUUAAUUUCUCCCCUGCGCAUGCGCCUGUUGUCCGUAGGAUUCUGUUGCGUUGAUUAGCUACUAGAGCAUGGGAGGAAAAGGUCGAGUCUUGCGUUUCAAUACUAGGCACUGUCAUUUCUAUAUUCUUGAUGCUUCUACGCUGAUCGCGCACGCCGCAGCCGUCUUUACCUCCAGACCGCUCAAUCUGCUCGGAGGAAUAUAUCAUCGUGUAUAAAGUAGGUGCUCGGCGUCGUCGCGUCGUUCCAUUUGCUGGAUCAAGUUAGGUUCAAAAUCGAAAUUACUACUUUUUUCCAUUUUCCCCCCCUUGGGCAUACAGUGCUUCUUUUCUUUGAUACACUGUGCUCUGGUCUUCUUAUUCGUUUAUCUUAUCUUCUCCUGAUCUCCUCCCAGUGGCUAUGGUCCUUGCUGUCCUACUGGAGAGUGGAGACUUUGUUACACCCCACACUAGGCAUAUUCUUAACACUCACACACUAAGCUAGCAUCGUUAUGAAGCGUACCUAUAAAAAACCCCCCUCGCCGCCUUAUGUUUGCAGCACAGCGGGCUCAGACUUCUUGGGUGACAACGAGAUGAGCGGCGCAGAUCAAUGCUCAUCCCAGCCACAAUUUAUGACUAGCGUUGGGAGGAGCAAUCGCUCGAACGGCCCCGGCACUCCUCUUAUCGAAAGCAUAGAUGUUGAUCAGAUUGUUAUUCCAGAGAAAAACAGUUGGAAGAACUUAUUCUCAUACAUAGGUCCUGGAUUUCUCGUCUCAAUUGCAUAUAUUGAUCCUGGCAACUUUGAGACAGAUCUACAGGCUGGAGCGCAGUACAAAUAUGAGCUUCUUUGGAUCAUACUGGUCGCGUCCUGUGCUGCUCUUAUUAUUCAAUCACUUGCAGCCAGGCUAGGGGUUGUGACAGGGAAACAUCUUGCCGAGCAUUGUAGGGCUGAAUAUCCCAAGGUCACAAAUUUUGUCUUAUGGAUUCUUGCAGAACUUGCUGUUGUUGCAUGCGACAUUCCUGAAGUAAUUGGAACUGCUUUUGCUCUGAACAUGCUGUUCAGAAUCCCAGUAUGGUGUGGUGUUCUAAUAACUGGACUCAGCACUCUAAUGCUCUUAUUACUACAACAAUACGGGGUCCGUAAGCUGGAAUUUCUGAUUGCAUUUCUGGUGUUCUUAAUAGCAACUUGUUUCUUAGUUGAACUUGGGUAUUCGAAACCAGAUGCUUCGGAAGUUGUGAGGGGCCUUUUUGUUCCUGAACUUAAAGGAAAUGGAGCUACAGGUCUCGCUAUCUCAUUACUUGGUGCUAUGGUGAUGCCGCAUAAUCUUUUUCUGCACUCGGCGUUAGUGUUAUCAAGAAAAGUGCCACGGUCUGUUCAUGGGAUUAAGGAGGCCUGUAGAUUCUAUACAAUUGAAAGUGCAUUUGCUCUUACAGUAGCUUUCCUCAUCAACAUAUCUAUCAUAUCUGUUAGUGGUGCCGUCUGUGGUUCAGGUAAUUUGAACCCUGAAGAUCAGGCGAACUGCAGUGAUCUGGAUCUAAACAAGGCUUCAUUUUUGUUAAAGAAUGUUCUUGGAACCUGGAGCUCAAAGUUGUUUGCAGUUGCCUUGUUGGCGUCUGGUCAGAGUUCUACAAUUACAGGAACAUAUGCUGGACAAUACGUCAUGCAGGGGUUUUUAGAUCUUCGGAUGACACCCUGGAUACGGAAUCUUGUAACUAGGUCCUUGGCUAUUCUGCCAAGUUUGAUCGUGUCAAUUAUUGGUGGUUCCUCAGCAGCUGGCCAGCUGAUUAUCAUUGCGUCGAUGAUACUGUCAUUUGAACUCCCUUUCGCUCUAGUACCACUCCUUAAAUUCACCAGUAGCAAAACAAAGAUGGGGCAGCAUACGAAUUCAAUAUUCACUUCUGUGCUAACAUGGGUGAUCGGUUCAUUGAUUGUCAUCAUCAACACCUACUUCCUGGUAACGAGCUUUGUCAAGCUGCUCCUCCACAGCGGGCUGUCCACCGUCUCCCAAGUAUUUUCCGGGAUAUUCGGGUUCCUGGGCAUGCUCAUAUACAUGGCCGCGAUCCUUUACCUCGUCUUCCGGAGGAACAGGAAGUCGACCCAGCCAUUGCUGGAGAGCGAUCCUGAGCUUGCAGCGUCCGACCACAGCACAGGCGCUGGAGCAGAAGGUGGUUCUCUAGGCCAUUUGCCCCGGGAGGACAUCUCGAGCAUGCAGCUUCCUCAGCAGCGUGCAGGGACUGAUCUCGAUUAGAUAUAGCGGCCAGGAAAAUAAAUGUUUUUUUGAUGGUGAUAUAGUAGUAUUAGGUACAGUAUUUACACAUUAGGUACAUCAGGUACUGACGUAGAUCAUCAUAGCGAUGCCACAGUGGAUAAUAAUCUGGCUAAUGUAUACAAGAGGGUGGAUAUCAAUGACACCAAAGUUUCCCAUGUUGCUGUUGGAAUGAGUUGUGAAAUCCUUGCAUUCCAAACAUGGCGGGCUUAUGGUGAGAAAAAAGAGUUGAUGCUGUAAACAUGAUGAAUUUUGACGAUCACAAUAAGAUACUAGAGAAACUACCUUAUGCCAUGGA